UUCACUGAGUAAUGGUUAAAUCCUCCAUAAUUGUAAAUAAUAUUGCUGAAAAAUAAAUGUGGUUAUUGUAAUAAAACAAAGCUACAAUGUUAACAGGUCUGCCGUUGGUAGCUAUCCACUUUGCAACAGCACUACUUAGCUUGAUUAAUGGGUUUGCAGCAUUCCUGAAUUUCUAAAAGAGUACUCUAGUGUCAAAACUGACGGGGUUUCAUUUGUUGUAGUAUUGUUGUUGUCUGUAGCAGAAGAACUACUAGAAAGUGUAUUUUGAGAAGUGAAAGCAUGUUUAGCACACAGGUGGUACAGCAGACUAGAUGCACUUUGGUGAUACUGGAACUCUCUUUGACAGUAGAUGCAAGUAACCCUCUUUUUAUUCAGUGAACCAUCAGAAAGUUAAAAAAAAAAACUUCCCAUUCACAAGUCCUUCAGCUUGAGUGCUUUGCUACAUAAUGCAGUUCCGUGACUAAUUUUAUAUUCAAACGAUGACUACACUCAUUCAAUCCUGGCAUGCACUAAAAUGGUGCCUCAGGAGAUGAAUUACGGUAUGCUAAGAGGGACAAGGCAGGAGUGCGACUAACGUGUGUUAAAAAAUUAAUCUCCCAAACAAUUAACGCUUUAAUCGCAGAAGUUAACUGCGAUUAAUUGACAGCCCUAAUCAAAACACGAGACAGAAUAAAUGAUAGAUCAGAUGACCCCCAUAUUUUUCAUUUCAAGAUUAAGUUUUGAUGAGAGACUGCUAGGGUCAAACUCAUACAAUCCCACAUUAUUUAGUUGAUUCCAAGUACCCACAAGCAUAACCUCUGUUUUAUCUGAAUUCAACAUUAAAAAAAUUCUGAGCAAUCCAGCACUUGAUAUCUGCAAGGCAAGCAGCAAGUAACACCCCAGCUGAAGUAUUUCCUGGCUUUAAAAACAGGUACAGCUGGGUAUCAUCUGCAUAGCAGUGGAAGUUCACUCCAUGUCUUCGGAUAAUGUCACCCAACGGUAGCAUAUAUAUUGAAAAUAGCAAAGGACCUAGGAUAGAGCCCUGUGGAUCACCGCAGUCAACUUCAGUCAAUGCUGAUUUCUCCCCAAUUUAGACAAAUUGAUACCUAUCAGAUAGAUAAGUUUGAAACCAGGAUAAGACAAGGCCAGACAGUCCCACUGUGAAUUUGAGCCGAUUCAAUAAGAUGGAGUCGUCUACAGUGUCAAAGGCAGCACUUAGAUCUAGAAAUGCUAGGUUAGAGAUUGGCCUAUAGUUAUUGAGGACUUUAGGGUCCAAGCAUAGGCAUUACCACAACUACCUUAAGUGCUUUUAAUAGUUUUGUGGGGAUAGGGUCAAGAGAGCAAGUAGUAGCUCUCAUAUGCUGGACCAACGCUGUCAGCUCUUGUAGGGUAAUCAAAGAAAAAACCUCCGUAAUAGUCUUAACAGUUCUAGUUAUAUAUAAUCUUUAUUAACAAAGUGCUUUACAGAGGUAGGCUGUGAACUGUGCAUUAUAUGCAGAGUCACUUACAAUAGGACAAUGAUUUAACAUCUCAUCCACAGGAUGGAACACAAGGAGGUUAAGUGACAUGAUCAGGGUCACACAGUGAGUCAGUCAGUGACAGAGGUGGGAUUUGAACCGAUGACCUUCUGGUUACAAGCCCUGGACUUUAACCACUGGACCACAUUGCUUCCUAUGAUGCAAAUAUUGGUAACAUUGUACUACAAUCCUCCUUAAUAGAAGAUAUUUGUGAAAUCUAAUUUUUUACUAUUUUUAUUUUUUAAAUAGUUUAAGAAGUCAUUGCAGCUAAGCGAAGAGCCAAUAUUAAGGGUGGAACUAUUAUGGGAGGGAUUAAUUAAUUUAUCUAUGGUAGCAAAAAGAAAUCUAGGAUUAUUUUUAUUUGUUUAAAUUAAAUUAGAAUAAUAUGAUGCUCUGGCCAAAGCUAGAGCCUUCCAAUAUUUAACCAGGUGGUCUUUCCAUAUGAUGCAAUGAUGCAGGAAACACUGCAUUUUUUAUAAUCAAAAGGUACCUGCACCACUGCAUUGUGUAGCUAUGUGUUUUUGUGUUCUCUGUUAGUGAAAUACACAUUCAUUUAAUGUAUACUCAGUACAGUAGUGUUAUUGUAUGAUAUGCAUGUAGAGGGAGUGGGAUUGCGGCACGGUGAGGAGGAGGAGGAGGGGGGAGGGAUUACAGUGCUUUGCAUCUCCGCUUAAUGAAAAACUGUGAGAUUUGCAUCGCAACUGAAAAUAAGUAAGCCACAGAUGCUUAAAUGCAUUGGUAGUCCUGACAGUAAAAUACUGUACUGUAAUGACGUUUUAAUUGAAAGGCCAUUAAACGUAACACCGCACGGCAGUUGAACUAGGCACCCUCACGAGACGAUCGCUUCUCAGGUAUACUGUAGUAAAAUAGGAUUCUGCGCCUUGAGUACACAUAAUCGUGAUCAUAUAACAAGCUGCUUACCCACAAGGACUUGUUUUGAUGUAUUGUCCUCAGUGAUUGAGCACCAUUGACAUCUGUAUACUGUAUUUAAACUGCUGAUCCGCGGAAGCGCUUUCAUUCUCAAACUAACGUAUUGAUUCUGCUGCACUUCACCACAGUAAUCGUAUCGGUCCGCUUUUAAGAAUCAACCGCUUAUCAGAAUCAAAUCAUCUGGGACGGAUGUGAUUCUUAUAAACGGAGUGCACUGUAUUAUAUAAAUAUAUUAAUAAUGCAGGUUUGGCCUAAAUAUGUGAAAAGUGCAUAUUUUAGUAUUUUUCGCUGCUCUGGCACUAGAGGGGAGAGUCAAUGUAGUGUAUGUCGUGAUUAGGGUGUAGGCAGUGGUUCUCUUAAUGCAGCCUCCCUGCUGUCUCCAGGAAAAGUGUACAUUUGCAAACCCCCUGCCUAGCAAUCGAAAGCAUUAGGGACCUACUGUAUAUGACUGUUAAAGAAGAGGUUUCAAUGGUUUUGUAAUUGGAAAGUACUGUGUCAUUUUAAAGAUUCGAGGGAUAAAUGUUAUAAUUGUUAGUAUCACCGUGAAGGCUCUAGCGAUUGUGUUGUUACUGAAAUGUCACUUUAACCUUGGGCAUAGGGGUUUAGAAUUCGAAUUAAGCAGGGAUCCUAGAGUGGCUAACUUGAUAAAAGCAUGACAGUGACAGAUAUAUUAGCAAUGGCAAUGUAGAUUAGGAUUGGGUCUGGCAUCUUUUCUUUUUAUUCUUCUUCUUUUGUGGGACAGGAUUCACCUGAUUGUGUUGACAGGUGGCAGAGAAAAUCCAAAGAUUAUAAAGAAUAGGAAAAUAGAUCACGGUUUUCUUUGUGCGCUCGGCUUAGUGGUCUUGUGUGUUCAGUCAAGUGCAAAAUAGUUUAAUAUUGUACAACCUGUUUCCAAACCCAGGUCUCUGAGGUAAAUCACGGCUUGCUAUCAACCACAGCGUUCACCUCUUGUCCCCAGGGCAAGCUAUGUUCGGGUCUGGGUCUUUAAUGGUGCACAACCUGGUCUUAAAUCAUUGAGCCAUGCAAUCUUGUACCAGAGAUCAGCAAUCAUUUUAACAGUUGGUUUGGGAGUCCAUUGCUUUCCUUCGGCACCCACGGUGGGGGAGUUCCCUUUGAAACACUCAUUAUGUUCUCUUAAUUGAGGCCUGCUGGAAGUCCGGUAAACCGGUAACAGACACAUUUUCUUGCCUCUCAUUAGCACAACCACAGUCUGCAUUCUCAUAAAUAAUUUAUCAUCUUGCUGAAGCUUUUCAGACUUUAUUUUAUUGUAUAUGAGCCUGUUCACACAACCCAUGAGUUAUUUUAAAGACUUUUUGUUUUUUAAGCAAUAUUAUCUUGCAUUACCAUCUAGUAGUUGAACAAGUUAGGAAGGUAAGAGCUGCUGUACAGACAAGGUCAACAAACAAGAUAAUACCUGGUAAUGCUUUGCUUGCCUUACAUUAUGCUUUUUUAAAAGGUAUUCUGCAGUCAACUGGGGCCCUGCAGCGUAGGUUCCUGAUUGGUGGUUCUAAGCUUUCUCAAUUUUAAUCCCUGUGCUGAAAACACCCUGUCAUUCUGUCCUGGGCUUCUCUCAAGCAUAGACUUACAAAUGUGCUAUGCUGAAUUGUGUUGUAUUUUGUUCAGAUUUGAACCCAGGCCUGCAGAAGUCUGAAAGAUUUUCAAAUGAAUGCCUGCAAUUCAAAAACAAUUGCAUAAUAAGUAUAUGAUUUACUAUUAAUUUCAAAUAAGGUUCAUAAUUAUUCCUACUUGUCCUUAACACAAACAAUAUGUAUUAAACCCUUAGGCUGAAAUCACAUCCCAGUUGAUAAAUGCAGGUUCACAUGACCAUAGACGAGAGGUCGAUAGCGCCUUGUUACGACGCCAACAGAAACACAAGAAAUAGAGCACCAGCCACAGCAUCACAGAUGUUUCUGGAUGAAUAUAUUUUAAUAAGAGUUUAAUAAAUAAGAGUUUACCACUAAAAACCUCCAACUCCAGCCAAUGUCUGUAUAUUUAUCAUCCAACACAUUUUUUUGUAUCACUGAGCAAGUCACUUAACCUCCUUGUGCUCCAUCUUUCAGGUGAGACGUAAUUGUAAGUGACUCUGCAGCUGAUGCAUAGUUCACACACCCUAGUCUCUGUAAGUCGCCUUGGAUAAAGGCAUCUGUUAAAUAAACAAAUAAUAAUACAUUUGAAUUACUGGCACUUAUAAUAAAGUGUAACUGUCAAAGGAUUGAAAGGCUGUACAACUUUACUAAUUCUCAAAACUAAUACAAAACCUACCACAAAACUCGAACAGAUGCAAUGCUGUAUAUUCUCCCUAGUCUUAACAUUAGCUGUAUUUAAGUAACAUUAUAAAGGUGGUGUUGUUUUAAUUAGGUUAUCAACUGUUUGUGAUUAGUAUCAGGUGAGUGUGGUUAAAUUGAAUAGAGGUUAAUUUGCAAUUUGAUUGGUUUCCACACAGCAUUUUGUAGUUCUGUGAUCCCAUUAAAGUGCAUUGAAACUAUUGUAUUGCUUAAGUAUUGUCUUUAGCACAGUUUAGCAGCUGUUAACCAGUUCCCUUGAAAAGUGAGGGUGUGAGGAGAGGCUGUUGGAGAAAAUCCGAACCUAGCAGCGUUCUAGAAGACGCCAACUAGACGGAAGUGAAGCCCAUGCCCCUCUCUCCCAUAGACCCCCAGUCCCCCAUGGUAUCUGCUGGCCCCCGGGGACGCCACGCUCUGGAGAUGAGGGUUAGAGAGAUAGAGGAAGAGAACCGCACCCUACGCAGGCAGCUCAGUCAAUCGCAGAGAGGCCACGCCCACAAGCCUCCCCAUGUGCGCCACAGCAACCAGUCACGGACAUACUCCACAGAGGAGGGGACGGGGGACAACGAGGGGCAGCGAUCAGGGGCUCCUGGGAACAGCACGGACUGCGCACAGCACCCCCCGGUGGACAAGUGUGAGACUAUCCAUGUAGCAAUUGUGUGUGCAGGCUACAAUGCCAGUCGGGAUGUGGUCACACUUGUGAAAUCUGUCCUGUUUCACCGACGGAACCCACUUCAUUUCCACUUCAUCACAGACUCCAUCGCCCAGCAGAUCCUUGCCUCCCUCUUCCACACUUGGAUGGUCCCAGCUGUGCGAGUCAACUUCUAUGACGCUGAUGAACUCAAGUCAGAGGUGUCCUGGAUUCCCAACAAGCACUACUCCGGGAUCUAUGGUCUCAUGAAGCUGGUGCUGACUAAAACUCUGCCGUCCGCUCUGGAGCGAGUCAUUGUGUUGGACACUGACAUCACUUUUGCCACCGACAUCGCUGAGCUGUGGGCCGUCUUCCACAAGUUCAAAGGCCAGCAGGUGUUGGGAGUGGUGGAAAACCAGAGUGACUGGUACCUGGGAAACCUGUGGAAGAACCAUCGGCCAUGGCCAGCGCUGGGCCGGGGCUUCAACACAGGUGUUAUCCUGCUGCUGCUGGACCGGCUGCGCAAACUCAAAUGGGAACAGAUGUGGAGACUGACAGCUGAGAGAGAGUUGAUGAGCAUGUUGUCCACUUCGCUGGCGGAUCAGGAUAUUUUUAAUGCAGUGUUCAAGCAGAAUCCCUUCCUGGUCUAUCAGCUGCCCUGCUUCUGGAACGUGCAGCUCUCUGACCACACCCGCUCAGAGAAGUGCUACAAGGAUGUUUCGGACCUCAAGGUGAUCCACUGGAACUCCCCUAAGAAGCUGCGUGUGAAGAACAAGCACGUGGAGUUCUUCAGGAACCUGUACCUCACCUUCCUGGAAUACGACGGCAAUCUCCUGCGCAGGGAACUCUUCGGCUGCCCCAGCGAGGCCGACCACAACAGCGAGAAUCUCCAGAAGAAGCUGUCCGAGCUGGAUGAGGAUGAUCCCUGUUACGAGUUCCGCAGAGAGCGAUUCACAGUCCACCGCACCCACCUCUACUUCCUGCACUACGAGCUUGAACCCGCCUCUGACAGUACUGACGUCACGCUGGUGGCCCAGCUCUCCAUGGACAGGCUGCAGAUGCUCGAGGCGAUCUGUAAGCACUGGGAGGGCCCCAUCAGCCUGGCCCUCUACCUGUCGGAUGCCGAGGCCCAGCAGUUUCUGCGAUACGCUCAGGGCUCGGAGGUGCUGAUGGGAAGGGCGAAUGUGGGCUACCACAUCGUUUACAAGGAGGGACAGUUUUACCCUGUCAACAUGCUGCGCAACGUAGCCAUGAAGCACGUCAACACGCCGUACAUGUUCCUGUCCGACAUCGACUUCCUGCCCAUGUACGGGCUGUACGAAUACCUCAGGAAGUCAGUUGUACAGCUGGAUAUGGCCAACACCAAGAAAGCUUUGAUAGUGCCAGCUUUCGAGACCCUGAGAUACCGCCUGUCCUUCCCCAAGUCCAAGGCAGAGCUGCUGACACAGCUGGAUAUGGGAACCCUCUUCACGUUUAGGUACCACGUGUGGACAAAAGGUCAUGCACCCACAAACUUUGCGAAGUGGCGCACAGCCACCACGCCCUACCGAGUGCAGUGGGAGGCAGAUUUCGAGCCCUAUGUGGUGGUGAGGCGGAACUGCCCAGAGUACGACCGCAGGUUUGUGGGCUUUGGCUGGAACAAGGUGGCUCACAUCAUGGAGCUCGAUGCACAGGAGUACGAGUUUGUGGUCCUGCCCAACGCCUACAUGAUCCACAUGCCUCACGCCCCCAGCUUUGACAUCACCAAGUUCCGCUCUAACAAACAGUACCGCGUCUGCCUCAAGACCCUGAAGGAGGAGUUCCAGCAGAACAUGUCCCGUCGCUAUGGCUUUGCCGCCCUCAAGUACAUGACAGCCGAAAACAACAGCUAGUGCCCUGCGGGAUACCAGGCCUUCCCUCCCUGACGAUGUUACAGUGGGGCCGGGGGAAAGGGCUCAGACUUCUUUCAGAGCUGCAUGAAGGUACAAGAGAGACUCAGCUGGGUGUGAAGGGAAGACGUGGGGACAUGCUGUGGACCAACAAACAGCCUACACACACCCCGACAACAAACUUCAGAGCUCCCCAGUGAAGAGGAACUGGAAUCAAAGACCAUGCGGGUGUUGAAUAAAAUAGAUUUGAGGCAGAAGUAUUCCCAUGUAAGGUUUUAGAACUUGCUCUGUCUGAUCUAAGCCACCCAUGGCAAAAACAACCCAAAAAUUUGGUGGCCAGUGUUUGGCUCAAUCUCACUGUUGUAUUUGCAUUGGAUUUCUUAUCAUGGAAGAUAAAAAGUCUGACUUGAGUAUUCGCCUCCAGAGAAGAACAGAAAUAAAAAGUAAAUAAUUCACCAAAAUCCCAGUCAGUAACUUUACAACUCUAAAUCCUGAGUUGAAAUCCCUAAACAGUCUGUCUGUAAAAGUAGUUUUGUCCUGCUUCAUUGAUUGCAGUUUGUGAAGGGAAGCUGCUUUUCCCAGUUGAGGAACGGGAAGUAGUCUUGCCUACUAGCUAGAGCUAUCCUUUAUACAAGUUUAAAGUUUACAGAAAGCAUGGUAAAGAACAGAGAAGUAUGGUAGGGCAUAAUAAAAGCGCAUAUUAAUCAGCAAAUUUCCUGUGAAAAUGUAAAUGUGGUAAACAUUUGGAAGGGUAAGGCACCACUGUAUUCUAAUGGAUUUGAAAGCCCAGGUCAGUCACUGAAACUGCUGUUUGAUUGGGAUGAUCAGACCCGGUCCCCCACCAUCCACCCUUGUGUUGUGCUGGCCAUUCGGUGACCAUGUUCAAAUUGUAAUUCAGCUCUGCAGUAGACAACUGGACCUUCUAGUUUCUGAACGAGCAGAGUGUCUCUAAACAGGGAAAGAUGCAGAUUACAAAUGUAUCCAACCCACUUAUGAAAAAGGUACAGCGUCCCAACAUUGGGAGGAGCGAGUCACGGUUCAAUGAUGUCCCCUAAAACACAGUGUUACCUAAUCCAAGACAAUGGGCAGUGCCUGGCAGUGUUGCUGCCGAUUUCAUAAGCUAUUCAAGACUGGAACGGAAUAUUUUAUGUUGCUCUUUUUUUUUUUCUUUUUUUUUUUGCUGUCACAGGAGGCUUAUUCUGCUCCUAUCUCAUAAAUGGACUUAAUGACAAAGCUUUAACUCGUGAGUUAUUUGAAGGGCUGGUUUCACAGACUUUGGUUAGAAGUAAUUGUGGACUAGUUUACCUAAGUUAACAUUAGGUAGUUCAAGAUUAGUGCUAAUCAGGGUCUGUGAAACCAGCUGUAGAGUCUGGAAGUUUCAUGCAUAUGAAACAUACAUUCUGUAAAUAAUUGAUGAUUUAAAGAACAUGGGUUAAGGGCCCUGUAAGUGGAAAGUAAAAAGUGCACAACCCACGGUUGGAAAGUGGGAUUUUGGCUGCCAAUGUUACCAAGGGACACCAAACUUUAUAGAAGUUUACUCCUGAGCCGGAUCCGUCCUCUUCCCAGUUUUAAAUAUGAUUGGCUCUUAUAUUGUCAAUCAACUGCCAGAGGUGUGGCCUGCUGGCUGACAUAGCUCGGUUCCGAUUGACACAGCCAAACUUGCACAUUUUAGUUCUGAAUUAGGCUUCAUUUUGACAAGAGGCCUCUGUGUGUUAAUGAGUAAACAAGGGUCAGAAUGUGUCAAUGUUCAGGACAGUGUUACUAGACAUGCUGCUACCUAAAUAAAAAACAAAAAGUGAAAGAAAAA